AUGGAUCAACUGUAUGAACAUUUACCCGAAGAGGAAAGCAAUGAUUCUGUACAGAAACAGAAGAUCUUACACAAAGGAAAAGGUAGAGCGCGUAAGAGGUCAAUAGGGUUGGAGGACAUUGACAUAGACGACGAGGACAACAUGUACGUAAACUCUGGUGGAAAUUUCAGUGAUGUCGACGAGUCAACUUCCAUCCCUGUAAAGAGUUUUGGGGCUGUCUUAGAGCAAAAAGAGGCUGACGAACUUCUGGACAAGGAAUACCAGACUUUACUAUUUGGUGCUGUUCAUCCACAUGAUGAAGGGAAAAAGGAGUACAACAUCCCCAAAAAUAGAUUCAUUUCGACAUUUCCGUACGACCACUCCAGAGUAAUUCUCAAAGAUCAGGAGUCGAAACCGGGAUCUGAUUAUAUCAACGCCAACUAUAUUGACGACAGCACAUCCAGAUCAGAAGUCUACAUUGCAGUGCAAGGACCAAAGAAAAAGACUUUUGAGGCGUUUUGGUUGAUGAUUUGGCAGCAAAAAUGCCAUACUCUAGCUAUGUUGGCUAAUCUAUACGAAAAUGGAAAGAACAAAUGCUACAAAUAUUGGCCUAAUAUGGACGACCCGAUCACCACGGCGACAUUUGUCAUCAACCUGAACUCUGAAAAACAGUACGCCUUCUAUGUAAUAAGGGUGAUUACGCUGAAACAUAGACAC